AUGGCCGCCGAGGGGGGGGGGCGAUUGCUGGACGAGUUCUGCUUGGCGCCCUCGCUCGAGUACAUCCCGAGAGGCCCGUCCGUGCCGGACGUCUACAGGGCGCAGAGCACGCCGGCGCUGGCGCGCUCUGGCACGAGCUUCUGGGGGGCGCGCUCCGCCACGCCGGCCGCGGGCCUCCGCCAGCGGCCCACGUCGCCGGGGGGGACGACGCCGGCCAUUCAGGAGGGAGACUUCUGGAUCGGCUUCAUCAGGGACGGCAAGCUCAAGAUACCGGACCUCAAGACAGCGGAUUCUGGCCGCGACCACGGGCAGUUGACCAUGGCAGACCUGCACCAGUUCGACGUCUCUGGCGACCGCGUGGGGGAGGUCUUCAGGAUGUUCGACAAGGACGAGGACGGCCGGAUUACGCCAGACGAGCUGAGGGUCGAGGUGAUGUACUGCCUUUACCACAUCAUCAACGACGCAGACGCUGCCGAGCUGGACUACGACUGCGAGAAGCAGGCCCAGCAGCCGCCGGUGAAGAGCCCCUCUGGCCAGUCCCAGUUGCGGGCAAGUUGCGGAGAGCCUACGAGCAAGAGGUGGGCAUGUGUCGAAGGCUUCGGCCUUCUGCGCCGGCAGGACCUCAUCAACCGCAUCACCUGGCAGUGCAGGACCGACGACGACCCGCCCAGCACGAGCGCCUCCCUCACCGAGCAGGAGUUCAAGCUGCUGCUGCAGCGGCUGCGCCUCGGGGAGCUCUUCACGCCGUCGGCGGGGGCCUUCCAGUUCGAGGAGUUUUCCAGCCAGCGGCCAGACUGCCCCGUGUGGGUGUCGGACUACUCCCGGAGCAGGGUCCGACAAGGGCGCCUUGCCUCCAUGCCCCUUUUCGCCCUCGCCCUGGACCCUGUCUGCAGGUGGCUUUUCGAGACAGGUCCGGUGGCCGGCACGACGGAAGGAUUGGGCGACUUCGCGGGACUGCAGGGCACCCCGCGGGCAGGCGGCCUGUCCGAGGCGCACCUCGGCCCGCCCGCCCUCGGCGGCCACCGCGGGCGCGCGGCGGCCACCGCGGCGGCGCCGCCGGGGCCCGCUGGCGGCGGCGGCCUUCCGGCGCCGCGCCGUGCGCCGCGCACGGCGGGCGCAUUCCUGGACGCGGCCGCCGCGCCGACGGGACUGUCCUCUGGCGCGACGCUGGUGCCCCGCCGGCUGCCGCGGCGCGCAGCGUCGGCCUUCCUGAUGGAAGACCGGCCCACCCGCGACGCGGCCGGCGCCAGCGCUCCAUACCGCCCUCGGCGCCCGGAGGACAGGAUCCCUGGGAGCAAGUGCAUGCGCGUGUGCAAGGUGCCGCCAGGAUGGCGCUGCACGCCUUGCGGGCCCCCGCUGCCCCCUCUCGAAGGCCCUCUCGGGUCAGGCAGGGGCAGCAAGGAGCCGCCAAGUUGCAACGGCGCCAGCCUGAGGAGCAUGGCCGUGUGCGCGCCGGGCUGA